AUGGCUCAACUUGAUACGAUCUUCGUUUUCUGUAUAAACAAGGAUCGGCACAAAGUAUGGGCGAAAGACUGGUCGAAAGUCGAAGGCGUUCAUGGCACAAUAAAAUCCAUAUGUAAGCGAUUAACAGCAGCUACGCGGCCUUGUGACCAUGAUGCAAUACCAAUGAGCUUCAUGCCAAAGCGAAAUACGUCAGACACAGCAUCGUGUGAACAAAAUCUUGAUCAACUACCACCAACUUACAUGUACUCGGUGAUAUUCAAAGAUAUAAUAUUAGACAUCGAUGAUGAUGACGAAAAAUCUAUGAACACUUUAGUACAGUUUUGCCAAAAACAAAAUAUCCCUGAAACAGAAACAAAUGAAUUAAAACGUAAAUACUAUCAGAAAUCACCGGUCUGUUGGUAUACUUGUGAAAUGUUUCUAUAUGGCAUACUUAAUCGUGGGUUACGAUCGCUCGAUAUUGAAGUGAUGUUCAAGUUAGACUUUUUUAUUCGAAUUCUUCAUCUUCAACUAGAACAAUUGCAUAAGGAACAAUCGGCAAAUUUCCAGAAACCAUUUACCGUUUAUCGUGGUCAGGAACUGAGCAAAGAAGACUUUCAGAAUCUACUAGAUUCAAAAGGUGGUCUACUAUCGUUCAACAACUUUUUACCGACUAGUAUGAAACUGAAAGUUGCCAAAAAUUUCGUUCAAGAGGCUCUGAAAAAAAAAUCAAGACAUUAUUGGUGUUAUUUUUAUUAUGGAAAUCGAUCCAAGUAA